UCAACAAUUUUUUCACCCCAAAUCUGUCUCAGGAACAUGGAGUCUCAGAAUGUAACGAGUGUCUCAGAAUUUCUCCUCCGGGGUCUCUCUGAGGAUCCAGCACUGCAGCCCCUCCUCUUUGGGCUGUUUCUCACCAUGUACCUGGUCACUCUAUUUGGGAAUCUACUCAUUAUGCUGGCUGUUGGCUCCGACUCCCGCCUCCACAACCCCAUGUACUUCUUCCUCUUCAACCUGUCCUUGGCUGACAUUGGUUUUACCUCCACCACAGUCCCCAAGAUGCUUGUCAACAUCCAGACACAGAGCAAAUCCAUCACCUAUGCUGGCUGCCUGACCCAGGUGUCCUUUUAUUCCUUUUUUGGAUGUAUGGACAGUCUUCUCUUGACUGUGAUGGCUUAUGAUAGGUUUGUGGCCAUCUGUCACCCCCUGCACUACACAGUCAUCAUGAGCCCCCGCCUCUGUGGCUUACUGGUUUUGAUGUCUAUUUUUUUCAGCUUUUUGAACUCCCAGAUGCACAUUGCAAUGGUGUCCCAACUUACCUUCUGCAUGAAUUUGGAAAUUUCUCAAUUCUUCUGUGAUCCUCCUCAAAUCCUCAAUAUUGCCUGCUUAGACACUUCCACCAGUACCAUAUUACUCUAUUGUAUUGGUGCCCUCUUUGGUGGUCUUCCAUUCUCAGGGAUCCUUUUUUCAUAUAUACGAAUUAUUUCCUCCAUUUUGAGAGUCCCAUCAUCAGACGGGAAGUAUAAAGCCUUUUCUACCUGUGGCUCUCACCUGUCAGUUGUUUGCUUAUUUUAUGGAACAGUUACUGGAGUUUACCUCAGUUCAGCUGUUUUAUCUUCUUCAAAGAAGGGGGCUAUGGCCACUGUGAUGUACACCGUGGUCACCCCCAUGCUGAACCCCUUCAUCUACAGCCUGAGGAACAGAGACAUAAAGAAAGCUCUGCAGAAGCUCCUUGGCAGAACAUCUUAA